CGAAGACCCGACUCUCCCUCUCGGCCGCGGAUUGCAGGCGGGCAAAAAAGAGGCGCGUGGCUAGGGGGCGCCACUCGCCUGCUCCGGUUUCUCGCGCGCGCGCCUGCCCGGCGGUCUUAGCCCAGGGACUUGCUCUCGAGGUAGGCAGGCAGUCAGUCAAGGGAGAGCGAGCUGCCGCGGACGCUGCUUCCUGGCGGGCCGGGGGAGCCGAGGAUGUUGUGGUGGGAUGCGCGGGUGACGACGCUCUUCAAGAGGAACCUGCAGCCCACGCUGACCUACUGGAGCGUCUUCUUCAGCUUCGGCCUCUGCAUCGCCUUCCUGGGGCCCACCCUGCUGGACCUGCGCUGCCAGACCCAGAGCUCCCUCUCUCAGAUCACCUGGGUCUUCUUCUCGCAACAGUUCUGCCUGCUGCUCGGCAGCUGCUUGGGAGGCAUUUUCAAGAGAACGUUGGCUCAGUCUCUGUUGGCCCUCUUUGUGUCAUCACUUGCGAUCUCUGUGGUUUUUGCCAUCAUCCCAGUCUGCCACAAUGUGGUGGUGCUUGCAGUGGUCAUGGCCGUGGCUGGCCUGGCCAUGGGCUGCAUCGACACCCUCUCCAAUAUGCAGCUGGUGAAGAUUUAUCAGAAGGACUCUGCUGUCUUCCUGCAGGCCCUUCAUUUCUUUGUGGGCUUUGGUGCCCUGCUGAGCCCUCUGAUAGCCGACCCUUUUCUCUCGGACACCAACUGCAUCCUGACAAACAGCACGGCCACAGGCAGCAGCAACCUCCCUCACAUCCGGAAGUCGCUCGUCCCUCAUCAUCUUGGAAACUUGUCACACUACGACCUGCCAACAAAAGGGCUGGUGGUGACGCGGGUGUCUUACGCCUUUUGGAUUAUGGCUUUGAUCAAUCUCCCAGUCCCUUUUGCGGUCUUCCUGCUGCUCUACAAGGAGAGGCUGGUGCCUUGGUGUCAAAGCAGCAGCCCCCCGCUGCUGCCUGCGGAUGAGCUGGCACUGGAAACGCGGAUAGCCGACCGGGAUGACUCUUCCACAUCCUCGCCAAGAACUCAGCCAGAAAUAGGGCAUGAGGACCUCUUCGGAUGCUGCCAAAGCAAGAACUUCAUAGGAGCUCCUUGCUCUUACUUUGCUGUCCAUGUGAUGGGUGCCCUUCUCCUAUUUAUGACCGAUGGGAUCCUGGGCGAGUAUUCUGGGUUUGUGUACAGCUAUGCCGUGGAGGAGCCACUCUCCGUGGGACACAAGGUGGCUGGUUACCUGCCCAGCCUCUUCUGGGGAUUCAUCACUCUGGGCCGGCUUAUCUCCAUCCCUGUGUCCUACAGAAUGAAGCCAGCAACUAUGGUUUUCAUCAAUGUGCUUGGAGUGCUUGUAACAUUCUUCCUGCUCCUGAUCUUUUCCUACAGCGUUGUUUUUUUGUUUGUGGGGACUGCCUCCCUGGGCCUGUUCCUCAGCAGCACUUUCCCUAGUGUCCUGGCCUACACUGAAGACAUCCUCCAGUACAAAGGCUGUGCCACUACUGUGCUGGUGACAGGAGCAGGUAUUGGAGAGAUGGUUCUGCAGUUGCUGGUAGGGUCGAUCAUUCAUGACCAGGGCAGUUACAGUUUCCUAGUGUGUGGGACCAUCUUUGGAGCCUUUGCCUUCGUUUUCUACAUCUUCCUUCUGUUUUCCCACAGGAUGCACCCUCAACCCCAAUCAGAUAUGGAUCUGUCACCGGACAAGCCACCACCAUCAAUGGAAGAACCUGGACUUUAUCAGAGCUAAAGGAAGCCGUGAGUUUGUAUUUGGAUCAAGCACACAGUCACACCAACCAAAAGAAAGAUUUGCUCUUACCGCCCGGUUUAAAACUACCUGGAUUUUCUAUUCUCAGACUUGUCGGUUGCAACUCGUUCACAUCAGCCAGUCGGUCCGUCACUCGAGAAGAAUUACUGUAGCAAGAAUGAAGACUAGAAGGGCUGAAAUCUUGACAUGUGAAAGUUUAACUCCUCUGGUAACCUCCCAUAUCCCUUCAGGAACACAGGCAGUGAAAGGUGUAUUCCUGUCACUUUAGAACCUUGGGGUGGUGGGAGGCUUCCUAAAGUUUAUUCACUGCAAACCAAGAGGCAACUGUAGGUAUUUCUAAUUUGAUCAAGUUGCAAAAUGUUUGCUGCAGCAUUAUGAACUCUAUUCACUGAUGCUGUACUUCAGGCAUCCAGAAUUUUAUUUUA